CGACUCCCGACUGCAUACGAGCUUGAACGAGAGAGUGACUUCAAUUCAAUUGACCAUUCUCGGCGACAGCAAAGAUGCUUUCCCGACGAAUUGCGACAGCACGCCCGCUCCGAGCUGUCUUGCCGAUUGCUCGACGAACAGCUCUCAUUCAGCAACGAGGGGCUGCACAAGCUACAUCUUCUGGACCUGAUUACCCUUCACUGACUGAUGCCGAGGAUCCUGGAAUGAACGGAGGCUAUAUCAAUCCUCCUCCAGUCAAACGCCAAUUCCGUGAUCCUCAUGCAGACUGGUGGGACAAGCAAGAACGACGGAAUUAUGGGGAGCCAGUACACGAGGACAAUGAUAUUCUGGGCAUGUUCUCACCCGAGGAAUACACUCACACCACGCCGGGCAAAGGUCUCUUCCAAAUGGGUUGUUUCGUUGUAGCUGUAUUUGGACUUUGCAGCGUGGUUGCAUUGAACUAUCCAGACAAGCAGUCUGCACCGAGGGAAUUCGAAGGCGGAUUAGAGAGGGAGUUGGGUGGACCAAACGCUGUCAGGGCGAGAGCUCCUGGUGAUGAAUAGAUGAAGGAUAGCGAAGCUGUACAUAGGAGCACACAAGUCUAGGAGCUUUUGGCAUUUUAAUUUGUCAAGCACGCGAACCAAACACCAAGUGCUGUUUAUGACGUGGGAGCGGCGUUCAAUAUCAGAGUAAAGCAAAGCUACGCUGAAUAUCGAGUUUCUGAAUGGCUAUGUAUAGGUGAUGAAUUCCAAGCGUCGUUCAGAUUGGACUAUUUGCAAAUGGUAGUAGAUAUGAGCUCAGAUCAUCAGAUUUUGUAUUGCUUCUGAACUGAUUGCAGAAGGAAUGCCCCAAAAUUCAUAGAAAUGUUGAUUUUCUUCGUACAAAC